AUGCCUCCGCGCCGCCUCCUCCUCCUCCUGCUCGCCCGCGCCCUCCGCGGCUCCGCCUUCGCCAUGGGCGACUCGGCCUCCCGCCUGCCGCAGGAGGGCGAAGCGCUGCCCGGCAGGACCCAGCGCAUGGCGGUGGCAGAUAAACAUCACGUCAAUGGAAACAGAAUGGUGGAACCUUUCCCAGAGGGAACACAGAUGGCUCUGUUUGGUAUGGGCUGUUUCUGGGGAGCUGAGAGGAAGUUCUGGAGGCAGAAGGGAGUUUACUCCACUCAAGUGGGUUAUGCAGGAGGUCACACCCCAAACCCCACCUACAAGGAGGUCUGCUCAGGCAGGACUGGUCACACCGAGGCCGUUCGAGUGGUUUAUCAGCCAGAAAACAUCAGCUUUGAGCAACUGCUCAAGGUCUUCUGGGAGAAUCACGACCCGACACAAGGGAUGAGGCAAGGCAAUGACGUUGGCACUCAGUAUCGCUCGGCUAUCUACACGUUCUCCCAGGAACAGAUGGAAGCUGCCUUGAGGUCUAAGGAAGAAUAUCAAAAGGUAACACUGGGAAGGGUGUGGAAUUCCUUCCCAUAUGAGCAGAGGUCAAAGAUGUCACCAGUGAGCACAACAUCACUCCUUGUGCUGUGCGUUUUCUGUGUUGCUGUUGGAGCUCCUCGUGCAGAUAAUGAACUUGCAUCACAGUUGCUUUAAAUUCCAACUUUUAUGAAUGUGUUGGUUUG